AUGGCAGCAAGUAUAUAUCUUAUGGAGGAGGAAACAGUCGAGGGGUCCGAUGACUCAGAAAAAGAAGAACUGCAAUUUCACAGAUGUAACCUAUGUGUUAAUGAAACCAAAAGAAAGUUUGACCUUAAACGUCACAAAAAUAGAGUUCAUGAAAAUCCAAAACAGGACAGUGCUCCCGAUGACAGUAAACCUUAUAUCUACCUUUGUCAUGUUUGUGGCCUUAUGUUCCAGUCAAGAUCUGGUCUAUCAAUACACAUUAAAGAUAAACACACACUGGUAUUCAGAUACAAAUGUAGUACUUGUGGUGAUGGGUUUAACCGGCUCUGGGACUUCAGAGGACACCUCAAUAAACACAAUAACAUCAGAACAGAGAAGUGUCCCCUGUGUAGUAAACAAUUCACGUACAAGAAUUCGCUGAACGUACACAUUAAGGCUCACCACUCAAAAGAAAAGGAAGUUCCAUCGUACCUGUGUAGCACUUGUGGUAGUGGAUACAAGUCCUUGGACGCUUUGAGGGAACAUAGGAAAGUGGUUCAUGAAGGUCGCCUUUUGUCCUGCAUUUGUGGUAAACAAUUCAAAUGGCGAUCAAGUCAAAAGUAUCAUUUAUCUGUUUGUAAACUUGUACAGAACAACACACAAUAA